CCAGGGGAAGCUGCCGACUUGCUGGUGCACCCCACGUCCAUGGCCUGGCCUACCUUGAGAACGUGUCACUCAGUUAUCCGAUCGCCUCGGUAGUUGCAAGUAUGUAACUAAUACUCUAUUCUACUCCACUCUACUCUACUCUAGUAUACAUUCCUCAUCAACUUUAAUGAAUUAAAGCAAUCAAACUCCAUUCUUAAGCUUGCUUAUUUGUUGUUAAAUUGCUUCAUCAAACUAGAAGGAGUAAAAGAUCAUAAAAGAAAAUAACAAAAAUGGUGAUAAGUGACACAACUUCUUCUGCAGAUGCUUCCAACAAAACGUUGUGUUGCACCUUUGCUUCUCGCUAUGUUCGCAAUGCACUUCCUAGGUUUCAAAUGCCAGAGAAAUCUAUACCGAAGGACGCAGCUUACCAGAUAAUAAAUGAUGAGCUGAUGCUAGAUGGGAAUCCAAGGUUGAAUCUUGCAUCAUUUGUGACUACUUGGAUGGAGCCUGAGUGUGAUAAGCUGAUUAUGUCUUCCAUCAACAAAAAUUAUGUUGACAUGGACGAGUACCCUGUCACUACUGAACUUCAGAAUCGUUGUGUGAACAUUAUUGCAAACCUUUUUAAUGCUCCUGUUGGAAAAGAAGAAUCAGCAGUUGGAGUAAGCACUGUAGGGUCUUCAGAGGCGAUCAUGUUGGCGGGUUUAGCUUUUAAAAGGAAAUGGCAGGAAAGGCGGAAAGCAGAAGGAAAACCUUGUGAUAAACCUAAUAUAGUUACCGGAGCAAACGUGCAGGUUUGUUGGGAAAAAUUUGCAAGGUACUUUGAGGUAGAACUGAAGGAGGUCAAUUUGAAAGAAGGAUAUUAUGUAAUGGAUCCAGAGAAAGCUGUGGAUAUGGUGGAUGAAAAUACCAUAUGUGUAGCAGCUAUUCUGGGUUCCACACUGACAGGAGAGUUUGAGGACGUAAAGCUCCUUAACGAUCUCCUAAUAAAAAAGAACAAGGAGACUGGAUGGGACACACCUAUUCAUGUUGAUGCUGCUAGUGGUGGAUUUAUCGCUCCUUUUAUUUAUCCUGAUAUUGAAUGGGACUUUCGGUUGCCAUUAGUGAAGAGCAUUAAUGUUAGUGGUCACAAAUACGGCCUUGUUUAUGCUGGUAUAGGCUGGGUUGUCUGGAGGACCAAAGAUGACUUGCCAGAAGAUCUUGUUUUCCAUAUCAAUUACCUUGGAUCUGAUCAGCCCACUUUCACACUCAACUUCUCCAAAGGUUCAAGUCAGAUCAUUGCGCAAUACUAUCAGUUGAUACGGCUUGGCUUUGAGGGUUACAAGAAUAUCAUGGAGAAUUGCAGGGAAAAUGCCAAGAUGUUGAAAGAAGAAAUACAAAAGAUAGGGAAAUUUGAAGUGGUCUCCAAGGAUAUAGGUGUCCCAGUGGUGGCAUUUUCUCUAAAGGAUAGCGACAACUACUCUGUUUUUGACAUAGCAGAGAAUUUAAGGCGUUUUGGGUGGAUUGUCCCAGCUUACACAAUGCCAGCCAAUGCUGAGCACAUUGCAGUAUUGCGUGUGGUGAUAAGGGAGGAUUUUAGCAGGAGUCUUGCAGAGAGACUUAUGUCCAACCUCCAGCAAGUCCUAGAUGAGAUGGAUGCUCAUGCAAUCCAAGUUUCUAGCAAAUCAGCUAGUGUCACUCUUGACAAGGAUAAAACUCAAGGGAACAAGGCCUUUAUCAAGAAAGAUGUGAUAGAGACACAAAGGGAAGUAACCAAGUACUGGAAAAAGCUUGUUGCCCGAAAUAAGGAGAAUGGAGUUUGCUAGUAAACACGAAUGGAGUCUGCUACUACUCUGGGAAUGCAAUAGAUCUUCUCUAUCUAAAUUCUUUUGUGUGUGUGUUUUCUAAAUGAAAGAUCUUUAAUUUGUAUCAUGAUUAAUGAUGUUGAAUUGUUGAUUAUUCAUUUGUCACAAAGUAUGUUGAUGACUUA